AUGCGUACGCCUACGCCCAACCACUCGCCCAAGUGGGGGCGCCCCUUCUUUCCAGCCUCGCCUUCUACGCCGGGAUCGCCACCCAGAGCACACCUCGAUCUCCCCAUACUGGAGCCUGAGUUCCAGCUCAACCCGCUCGUUUUCUCAGCAGAGGGGAGUCGGCGUCAGACCCCGGCCGCGGCGAUGACUCGGCCUCAUACACCCUCCAAGGCCCAACUCGGCACGCCACCGGCAACCGUUCGGCCUCAUACCCCCUCCAAGGCCCAACUCAGCACACCACCGGCAACCGUUCGCAAGGCCACACCCCAGGCCGAAGACACUGGCGAAUCCAGCGGCAUCACUGUGAGCACCGAGACAACGUCACGCAAUCCUUUCCUCCUGCUUCCCAAGGAGACACAGCAUCUCAUCGAGGCCGACGAGCAUCGCAACCUUGUUGUCUCCAGCCCGGGGACUACUACGGCCCAGCCCGAACCCCAGGAGAAUGCCCGGCAGAGUGGACAUAGCAGAGAAGAUGACGCGGUGGCUACCAUGCUCGGGCUGGUCUUCCUCGACCUGAUCCGUAGGCGCAAUGCGGUUGGCCCGGCGGCCGACAUUUCUCCAGUUUUAUCUAGUGGGAGUAACACGAGCACGACGAGCGGAACGAUCAGCAACGCGGAAUCUGGAGACGCUGAGGACGGCGAGCAUGCUUGUGGUGACGAGACUGCGGACGACGCGAGUUUUGUGAGAGGGGACUACGAUGCAUACCCGCAGUUUGCCUCCCUCCUCGACUCACCGACCAGCCGUUACCGCGAAAACGACCGCGAUGACCGCGAUGACCGUGACGACCGUGACGACUGCGACGGCUGUGAUGACUGCAUGGCGCUCGACGAGGGCAUCGAAGUGCGCAGUCCAAACGGCGGCUGGUAUCGUUUCUCCACGCCAGCCGAGGUCUUGUCGCGUGGCGGGUCACCACCGCCAUCUAACUCGUCCGGCUGGUCCGGUUCGUCGAACUCGCGGUACACACCCAGUGACGACGGGUCUGAUGACGAGUUUGACAAUGAUUUCGAACCCGUCUCCCACCACCGCUCUAUGACGGGUUCCGAGCCCGUCGAGAUUCCUCCGCCGCGAGCACCGCCGCCCGUGGUAGUGAACCUGGCAGACUUGCCCGACUCGGACGAGGAGGAGGAGGACUGGGGCAGUCUCGACGGCAUCGACGACGGGCCUGGCAAGGCCGCGGCUCGCCGUCUUGGACGCAAGGUGUGUCGUAAGUUACUCGAACACCGCCAUGAGGCGUCGAUCUACCGGCUCCUCCGUGGCGGCGACGUCCAAGACGAUCGCAAGAAGAAGGAAAAAGACGGUACAAUCCCCAUGCGCCGGGUCGGCAAUGUGGGCGGCUACGCCGACGUUGCCAAGUAUUUCAAGCUCAGUCCCGAACUCCUUUACGACGUCAAGGUCUUCGACGACUGGGCGAGGCAGUACCUCACCCGUGGACACGGUGCGGCGCUCGUCCUGCAGAGUGCGUUCCUGCGCCACUUGCCCUCACCUGCUCUUCGCGAUAAUCGUGGGAACCAGGACCACCAUCUUGACGACGGCGAUGAUGUCCUUUGGCGCGAGCAUUCAGCCCGUCACGUUGCGAAGAAUGUGCGUUCUGAGCGCCGCCCGCGUCCCGGCGAGAACGAGGAGCUGCGUGCCGACGACAGCCGCACGGCGAAACGUGCGCUUUCUGAGCGCCACCCGCGACCUGGCAAGGAUGAAGAGUUCCGUCGUUCCCGUCCGGACGACACACGCACAGCGAAGCGUGCACGUCACGGACACGUUCCUCCACCGUCUGACAGCCCGAGCGAGGCUUUCAGCUCCCAGGGCCUCGGAGGACCCCUUCCUGGCCCCAGUUCACGCCACCCCAACAUGCUCCGCGGGACCCCCUCUCGCCGCGAGUCGGCCGUCCGCGACAGUGCACUCGGCCUCCGCGUGAAUGAGUUGCUCCACCGUGAGAAUGAGCUGCGCCGUGCCUCUCUCCGUCGCGCACCGGCCCACACUCAUCUUCCGGGCACCGAAUGGGUUCCCUCUCGUCGUGACAGCCCGUAUCGCAACAUGCGCCGCCGCAGUCUCGAGGAUCUCGUGCCCGUUUCCUCCAGCAGUCGGGCCCCUGGUUCGCGCCCGCCCUGCAUAAGUGACCGUGGACGCGAGUGA